AUGUCCAGACCAGAGAAGAAGUUGGUCGAAUGCUUUAUGAAGCGCAAAGCACUAUUCGUCGUUCGUGAUUCCGUUGAAGUGUUCAUCAAUAAUUUUGACAACCAGAAUGACGUUUUCCAGAUUCCGAUUCGUGUUGAAGCGUUGGACAGAGUCUAUAACGAAUUCCUUGACCUGCAAACGGAGAUCGAAAAGUAUGAUGAUCCUGAGAAGUUUGAGGAGCAUAUGCAAGAGCGAGCAACGUUCGAGGCGCGAUACUGUUCGGCUAAAGGUUUUUUAUUGAUGAAACGUUCCAUAGAUCACAACCAACCAGUAUUGAACACGUCUUUUACAGCCAAUCAUCCUCCAGCGAAUUUCCACCUGCGAUUACCCAAGAUUGACCUUCCAAAGUUUGACGGAGAUUUGUCUAGAUGGCUUUCCUUCCGUGAUAUGUUUACAUCUAUGGUCCAUUCCAAUGCGGAUAUUCCGACAGUAGCGAAGAUGCAGUACCUCUUACAAUCACUGGAAGGAGAAGCUCAUAAGCCAUUCGAGUCAACCGAUAUAAGUGCGGAUAAUUACGCAUUAACUUGGGACGCUUUAUUGAAGCGUUACGACAAUAAACGUUAUUUGAAGCGUCAGCUAUUCCGAGCUUUGUAUGACCUCCCGCCACUCAACAAAGAGUCACCCCAAGAGCUGCAUGACCUGGUUGAUGACUACCAACGGCAUGUCAAGGUUUUAGCGAAGCUGAACGAACCAGUCAUCCACUGUGACACACCGUUAAUCAACCUGCUAAGCUACAAGCUGGAUUCAACAACCCUCCGAGCCUGGGAGGAGAAGACUAGUAGCGCUGAUGACAUCACUUAUGAGGAGUUGGUUGAUUUCUUGUACCAGCGGGUCCGAAUGUUGAAGUCCGUCGUCACCGAUCUGCAGUAA